UUAAAAGACAAAAAAAUAAAAAUUAAAAAGCCUUGGCCUAAGUUGCAAUUCAACGACACUCGCUCUGCGUGUCUGGGUUUGAAAUGGUAGCUUCAGUUAUCUCCGUGCCUUCAAGCUUAUCAAUCACUUGUCGUAGUCGUAGCAGAACCUCGUCCGUUCCUUUGUUUUCUCGCAGAAACUCAACGAGGUCGAUAGUCUCUGCCUUGCCACCUCCAUAUGGUGAUUCUUUAACAUUUGGCUUAUCCAGUAAAACUUGUGGGUUACCUACUAAGCACGAAGAGAAGGAUUUUCGUACCAGAACAAGUUAUGAUGCAAUAGAAGCCGCCAGAAAGGGGAAUCCACCUGUAAUGCCAGCUGUGAUGACCCCAGGAGGGCCUUUGGAUCUCUCAUCAGUGUUAUUCAGGAAUCGCAUAAUCUUCAUUGGUCAGCCAGUAAACUCACAGGUGGCUCAGCGAGUCAUAUCGCAGCUUGUGACUCUGGCAACUAUUGAUGAGGAUGCAGAUAUUCUGGUUUAUUUGAACUGUCCUGGUGGAAGUACGUACUCUGUGCUGGCAAUUUAUGAUUGCAUGUCUUGGAUUAAGCCCAAGGUUGGCACAGUAUGUUUUGGAGUAGCGGCAAGCCAAGGUGCACUUCUUCUUGCUGGUGGAGAAAAGGGAAUGCGCUAUUCAAUGCCAAAUGCACGUAUUAUGAUACAUCAACCACAGAGUGGAUGUGGGGGGCAUGUGGAAGAUGUGAGGCGCCAAGUGAAUGAAGCGGUUCAAUCUCGCCAUAAAAUUGACAAAAUGUAUGCUGCUUUUACUGGCCAACCUCUAGAGAAAGUGCAACAAUACACUGAAAGGGAUCGUUUCUUGUCUGUUUCUGAGGCUAUGGAGUUUGGACUCAUUGAUGGUGUGUUAGAAACUGAAUAUUGAACUCCGAUUUUUUGCUGAACCAUUUUAUGCCUUCAGAACAUCAUACUAUCAUAGUGCAAUUUCAGGACACCAUACUGCAAUUGUUGUCAAACUGAUAUGGAUUCUUGUGUAGCCUUCAAUGAAAAUUUGCAUAUGAUAUUCAUAGAAAUUUGUCAAGUGGUGCUUAUGUAUUUUAGUGGAAUUACAUAGAGUUUUCAUAGUCAGGGAACUGGUUGUUUUGGGUUUCCUUCUUCUGCUUUGACUUUUAUAUAUAUAAGCUAAAGUUGGGAGAAAAUCCAAUUAGAUUUUCAAA